UACGGAAGUGGCGCCAUAAAAGCACACUUGGAGCUCAGGGCCAAUGGCAGGUAGAGGUUGGGGAGCCACUUUCUGGCCCUGUCACUGCUUCGAAUUCGGAGUUGAUCAAGGAGAAUUGCUCCAACCCUGUGUUAAUUCGGAAAGACACAAAGUCCAUCUUUCAGUGGAGAAUCCGCAACCUUCCCUACCCCAAAGAUGUCUUCAGUGUUUCUGUGGAGCCAUCUGAGAGAUGCAUCAUUAUAAAAACUUCUAACAAGAAGUAUUAUAAAAAGUUAAGUAUUACUGAUUUAGAUCGCAGUCAGCUGCCAUUGGACAACUCCGCCCUGAGCUUCACUCACGCCAGCAACACUUUAAUUGUCAGCUACAAGAAACCUAAGGAGAUCUUAACCCUUGAACAGGAGCUACUGAAGGAGCUGAAAAAACUGAAGGGGACCGGCGAAGGGGACGUUGACUGCAAAACUCAGUGAAUUCCGACUGUGGGAGCGAGAGGGACAAUUCUGCGUUGCAUUUAAAGCAGAACCUCACCGCAUAAUUUCCUAGUCAUAUGUGAGCCCUUGUUUAUUUUUUUUUAGCCGAUCCCCUCAUUAAGAAGACCUUUACACAGUGCCUUGUGAGUGGUUAAAAGCUUCUAUUUGUGUUUACUAAUUAGUUGAUGUAUUAGAGUUGUUUGUGUUGAAAGUUUCAUUUAUAUUUGAUACAGGCAUAUUCAGUGAAACAUACUAUGCGUGUAUUGAUGUCUCACAACCAGAUUUAUUAGCUUUGACACUGAUAUGUGAAACUGUUUUUUUCACAUUUAAAAAAAAAAAAAAAGUUGAAUUGUAUCUCAACAGUUUCUAUUUUUGCUUCUUGUUACCAAACCUACUGGGGAGCAAUUUUGAUGGAGGUCACAUAACCUACCACCCUCCUUUCAUUGAUGUCCUUGUAAAACACUCAAAACACACAAUGCCUCAUCCCUGUUCGUUCCGGGGUCACUGUUACGAGCACAACCCAUUUGUGUUAACUGAAUACCCUCAUGUUCCUUGCAUGUAGCGGGCCACCCUGAAAGCCAUUACUGAAACUCUGGUCAGCGAGCGAGCUAGUGUUACUGUUUCCCUUCACAACAGAGGGUCACUUUGACUCUGUGAGCUCCAGCUCAAGCUACUACACACACACACGUCAGACAUAGGUGCAACUUUUGCAAUGAAUUUGAUAUUAUUGUCUCACAAAGACAUAUAUAAAAAAGGUAUUUUAUGCUUUUUGAUUUUUUUAAUUCUAGAAAAGGAAUAGAAUUUUACAGGUCCAGGCUUGAAAAUGGGAUAUUUGUCUACUUUUCCACAAGUCAAAUAAAAAAAAAUACACUGUCUGGUCAGAAAUACUUAGACAGUGGAUAAAAAAAUAACAGUUCUGUUUAAAAGAGACAAUGGCAUUUAAAUAUAGCUUGUUUUAACGGUGUGAUUCCUUGCAUUUUUUUACCACUUGUCCAAACCCAGAGAGCAAGUGCAAAAAGCAGAGACAAAACCACAGGUCUCGCUCACCAUUGUGCUUUGUCUUUUUCCAGAUGGAAAGAACAGGAAUUAAAUACAAGAAAACAUUUUAAACUGA